AUGAAGCCCCUGGUGGCUACAGCUAUACUGGUAGCCCUGAUGCAACUUUCUCAGACCUUCCCUGCCUGGUACCACAGAGGAUGGUUGAGACUGCUCAGAGAAGGAGAUCGCUGUGGAACAUGCCAUCUGGAACUCUGCUUUGUGCCCACAGCCUGUCCUGCUGGGACCAUACUAGACUCAUGCAGCUGCUGUCCUGAAUGUGGGAAUAUGGAAGAGCAGAUCUGUGACUUGGACAAAGGCAGUCAUUUCUAUGGACACUGCGGGGACAAGUUGGAGUGCCAGUUGGAUGUCAGUGGCAUCAAGUCUGGAGAAAUCCCUGAGGCACGAUGCACUUGCAAGUCUCAAGAGAGUGUAUGUGGACCUGAAGGGAAGACCUAUGAGGACAUUUGCCAGUUCAAUGAGGCUUAUGCAGGGAAGCGGAGAAAUGCAAGCAUAAAGCACGAAGGACCAUGCAAAUCAGCUCCUGUUAUUUCUUUGCCACCUCAAGACACCCAGAAUUUCACAGGAAAUGACAUCAUUUUUGGUUGUGAGGUAUCUGCAUAUCCCAUGCCACACCUUGAAUGGAAGAAGAAAGGAAAUAAAAUGUUUCUGCCAGGAGAUGAUGCUCAUAUUUCAAUAUAGGCAAGAGGUGGACCUCGGAAGCACAGUGUUUCUGGAUGGUUGCAAAUUCAAGGAAUCAAGAAAUUGGAUGAAGGCAUCUACAUAUGGCACAGUACCACUAGAACAAAGCUUAGUGGUGGUGGCACACACACUGUAUCCCUGACUAUCAUUCCUUGGGCUCCAUCUUCAAGACCUGCCAACAUUAUCAGGUCCCAAAGCUUAUCACCAACAUUUCGGAAUAUUCCUGGCAGCUGGAUCACAAGUGAUAGUACAGAUGAUGGAGACUAUUUUGAUUCUAUUGAAGAUGAGGACAGGCAGAAUAUGAAUCUGGGGACUAUGAAAAAUGAAACAAGUUCAGACUACUAA